GUUACAGAAGGUGCCUUACAAGUAUGGCGUGCGUUGCCCGAGCGUAUACGUCAGGAUCCGAGCUUAGCAUCGUUUCGCAUGGAACAUGAGCGUCUACAUGGCGACUUAGACCCCUUGCCUUCGCCGGAUAUGCCUGAACACUAUGUUAAGGCGUCGAAUGCUUUUACCAAGGUGGGCAUCAAUGUGACCAAUGAGCUGGGACAAGUGCGCAUACUGGAAGUUAGGGACAUGGAAAAUAAUGCCGACGAUCAUCAUGACGAGCACGAUGAACCACAUUCGCGUAGGAGGAAAAUCCUGAAGUGGUUUAAAAUUUCUGUGCUGUUGGUAGUUUGGGCUGUGUUUACUGCAUUCCUAAUGUCGACUACCGAACAUGUCGACGAACUCAGACUGAUUAGUGUUCCUAGGAGCGGUGAAGAGAAAUUAUUCUCCGUAACGACCGCCACGCUAUCGCGUCUUGGCCUGAAGUUAAAGGGACCUUUCCGUCAGCAAGAAUCCUCCGAUUCGGUUGGCAAAAACAAGAGUGCCUACUCAGCCGCACCAGCGCUGCAUGCGCAGAUACAACGAAAAUACUACAAUGCCAGCGGUGAUGAAAUCUACGUGGAAGAUGCAUCUACGGUUUGGAAAUUAUCAAUGGUCUAUCCAGAGGAAUUGGAUACCGUUAAGGAAUCGUGGAAGGCCAACAAUUAUGGCAUAACGCCAGCCGCCGAAGAACUGCUGCUGCAAGCCAACUACACACAGUUGAAUUUGCGCUUCAUCGCCAACAUCGAUAAGGAAUUCCCACUGCAGCUGUGUAUAGAUGAGUCGCCCAUCUACAAAAAGGAGGGUGUCAUCUAUGCAGCGAUCGUCUUGUGUGGCUUGUAUAUAAUGAUAAUUUGGGAAAUUGUUAAUCGUACCUUCGCGGCAAUGAUUGCCUCAACGCUGUCAGUUGGUAUACUGGCGGCGCUCAAUUCACGUCCCUCCAUGGCGACGAUAAUGGGUUGGAUCGAUGUGGAAACGCUGCUGCUGCUCUUUGGCAUGAUGAUAUUGGUGGCUAUACUCUCGGAGACUGGCAUCUUCGACUAUUUGGCUGUGUAUGCUUAUAAGAUUACGAACGGACAUAUUUGGCCGCUUAUCAAUUGCCUGUGUCUUUUUACGGCGGUACUCUCCUCUUUUCUGGACAAUGUGACGACGGUGUUGCUGAUGACACCAGUCACUAUACGCCUCUGUGAGGUGAUGUCGCUGAAUCCGGUGCCUAUUCUGAUGUGCAUGGUGAUCUAUUCGAAUAUCGGUGGUGCGCUGACGCCCGUAGGUGAUCCGCCGAAUGUGAUAAUUGCUUCGAAUAAUUUCAUUGCAAGAAAUGGUGUCAAUUUUGCCAUUUUCACGCUGCAUAUGCUGCCCGGUGUGAUAUUGGUGAUGAUACAGACCUAUGUGCAGUUACGUUUUAAGUUCCGCAAUACAAACGAUUUACAAUUCAAAGACUCGCCCGAGGUGGAGGAGCUGCGUCACGAGAUUCACGUGUGGAAGCGCGCAGCUCAAAGUCUUUCGGCCUAUUCGAAGGACGAGGAAAUUGUACGUCAAACGCUGAUGAAAAAGGUGAAUCGCUUGAAGCAUAGCUUGAAGAAACGUGUCUCGGAGGCUGGCGAACCGGCGCCCAACUACAAACAAACACUGACGCAGCUGCAGGCGAAGUAUCCCAUUCGCAACAAGUCGCUGCUCAUCAAAUGCUCAUUCGCUCUCGUCUUCGUGAUAAGCUUGUUUUUCCUGCACUCAGUGCCCGAAUUACAACGCCUCUCGUUGGGUUGGACUGCUCUCUUGGGUGCCAUAUUUCUGCUCAUCUUAGCCGAUGUUGAGGAUAUGGAAGCAAUAUUGGCGCGUGUCGAGUGGUCUACGUUGCUUUUCUUCGCCGCUCUAUUCAUACUUAUGGAAGCUCUAUCCGAAUUAGGUCUCAUAGAAUGGAUUGGCCAAAUGACAGAAAGCAUUAUUUUGGGCGUGAGCGAAGGUUCUCGCCUAAUGGUGGCGGUUUUAAUUAUACUUUGGGUUUCAGCCAUAACCUCUGCAUUUGUUGACAAUAUUCCACUAACAACGAUGAUGGUGAAAAUCACAAUUUCUUUGGCCGAAAAUUCUGCGUUGAAUUUGCCACUGCAACCACUUGUUUGGGCUCUGGCCUUAGGUGCUUGUUUGGGUGGCAAUGGCACGCUAAUCGGCGCCUCAGCGAAUGUCGUUUGCGCAGGUGUAGCCGAACAGCAUGGCUACAAAUUCACUUUUCUCGAAUUUUUCAAGGUCGGCUUUCCAGUUAUGAUUGGCAGCAUUAUUGUCUCCACUGGAUACCUACUUUUCACGCAUUGCCUAUUCGCCUGGCACUGAUCGACACCGCUUGCCUGAAUUGGCAAUUAAUUGCAGUGAGAAUACAAAUACAUACCUCGAAUAAGAAAAGCAUUGCAGGAAUUACAACGUCAAGCGAAAAGAAUAAAAAUCGAGCUUUUAGCAACAAUCACACUAUUAGGUUUUGUGUCAACGCCGUUAUUUGUAUGUACAUAUAUAUAAGAGAUAUGUAUGUAGUACACAUCACCACUAGGAUACGCAUAUAAAACAUCCUUAUGAGUAAAUCAAUUGAAACAAAUUUUUUAUUAGAAAUAUUUAAUCUUUGUAUUCUAAAAAUUAACUUAGUGUGAGAAAAAGAUUUUCUUAUUGCUGCAAAGCGUCAAGAAAAUUUAUUUUAAAACUUUUAGGGAAAAUUAUUAAAAAAAA